GAAGCUGCUGUCAACAAGCAGAUUAAUGUGGAGCUCACUGCCUCCUAUCUCUAUCAGUCUUUGAUGUCGUACUUUGACCGGGAUGUUGUUGCCCUCGCCCAUGUCUCCCGGUUCUUCAAACAUCAGUCCCAGGAGAAGCAGGAACAUGCAGAGAAGCUGCUGAAAUUCCAGAAUCAGCGUGGAGGCAGAGUCCUCCUCCAGGAUGUGAAGAAGCCAGAGAGGGAUGAGUGGAGUAAGAGUCUGCAGGCGCUGCAGGUUGCCCUGGAUCUGGAGAAGAAUGUGAACCAGAGUUUGCUGGAUCUACACCAACUCGCCACAGCCCAGACUGACCCUCAUCUGUGUGACUUCCUGGAAACUCACUAUUUGGAUGAGGAGGUGGAGAUCAUCAAGCAACUCGGGGACUACAUCACCAACCUGAAGCGCCAACAAAAAGUGAAGACAGCCCUUUAUCUACUGACCCAGCUUCCUGAUCACAAAGGUCUAAAGGAAGAGGCCCAGCAGGCUCUGAUUUCAAUCCAGGUGGCGGAAGCAGCAGAGGUGUGA